AUGGCUAACAAGUGGCACAAAUAUUUCGACGAGGACGAUGCUAAGUUCUGUAAUAUUAUUAAAUUUCAUGAAAAUUGGUGUCGCAUUCACGAAAAUGAUCUUGAGAAACUUCCUUACAAUAAAGCUAAUGACGCGCUUAACAAAAGUCUUCGCGCAAUUGCAAACAAAAGUCCAGACGUCGAAAAAAUUCGGACAGCCAACCUUUUGAUGAUGCUCCAGGCUAGUAUAUAUUUCAUUUUUAUGUGUGAUUUAGUCUGCAACAGAGAGCCUACGAAUCUGUCACAACUUUUAGUUGCCUUUGACGGUCUUUUAGAUCGCGCCCAUCUUUGGACUAGGAGUACACUUUUAGUUGUUACUUGA